AUGCCUAUGGACUAUCAGACAGAAAAACACAGGGGCUUUGCGUUCGUUGAAUUUGAGGAAGUUGAAGAUGCUAUGAGUGCUAUUGAUAAUAUGAAUGAAAGUGAAAUAUUUGGUCGAACUAUUCGGGUCAAUGUAGCAAGACCAGUACGCAUACGAGAAGGCUGGAGUAGACCUGUCUGGUCGGACGAGAACUGGUUAAAGAAGUAUGACUUGAGUGAUGAAGAGAUGCGGACCAAAAAACAAAAGCGAAAUCUCCCUCGAGUCUUUUUCGACAUUCGAAUCGGGAAUGCAGAUGCUGGUCGUAUUGUAAUGGAGCUUCGAUCAGAUAUUGUUCCUAGAACUGCUGAAAACUUUCGUGCCCUGUGUACAGGAGAACGUGGAUUCGGCUAUCAUAAUAGUAGUUUUCAUAGGGUUAUACCUCAAUUUAUGUGCCAGGGUGGAGAUUUUGUGAAAGGUGAUGGAACAGGAGGUAAAUCGAUAUAUGGACGAAAAUUCGAUGAUGAAAACUUUCAACUUCGACACGAAGGUUUUGGUGUACUUUCUAUGGCAAAUUCUGGACCAAAUACGAAUGGAUCUCAGUUUUUUAUUUGUACGACAAAGUGUGAUUGUAUGCGAGGUUAUUCAUGCAUAUCUUAUUUGUUACAGUUGAAGCCUAAUCAGCUUUUCGGCAAAGCCUAUAUUAACGAUGACAGGUUCUUCGCUAUCAUGGGUGUUAUAUCAUCUAUUUUCAAUGCAAUUGGACGGGUUUUUUGGGGUUCUAUUGGUGACCGUAUUUCAUUCAAGGUUCCACUAUGCAUCAUAUUUCUACUGUGGUCAAUUUUGUUAACCUCAUUUCCACACUUACCAGUCAUAUUUGGUGCAAAAAUUAAAGUUGGUUUUAGUAUAUGGCUAUGCAGUCUGUAUUUGUUGCUAAGUGGCGUUCUUGUUUACGCACCAACUGCAACAGAGACUUUGUUCGGAUCUGUUAACAUGGCUGUAAAUUAUGGACUAGUUUUCAAUGCUUUUGUUUUUGGUGGUUUGUUCAUGUCCCUGAUGUCUAUGACUGUACCACAAUUUCAUGAAUGGCACAAUUUGUUUUACUUCUGUUCUGCAAUGUGUAUUUUCGCUUUGAUAUUGUUACCGUGGAUACAUGACCGAAAAAUGCCUAAAUGCUUCAAUCUGUAUCAGUCGUAUCGAAAAUCGCGACAUAGAAGUCAACAAUGA